CUGCGGCUUCGGUGCCCUCGCCAAACAUGGUGGCGUCGUGCCCGCCCCCUUGGCUUCUUCCUGUUUGUUGGGUUAGUCCGUUUAGCUACUAGUUUGCGAUGGCGGCGGCAAUGGCGGUUUCUCGCAGUCUCCGGAAACUGCUGAUACGGCGAGUGAUGGCUCCCACCCCCCAGGGUCUCAGCCUUAGCCUUUGCCCGAUGAGCUCCAUUGCUCAAGAUGAGGCCUCCACUGCAGCCCCCAGAGAAGCGCCAGACCACAACUAUGAGUCCCUUCGGGUGACAGCUGCUCAGAAACACGUCCUGCAUGUGCAGCUAAACCGGCCUGAGAAGAGGAAUGCCAUGAACAGAGCCUUCUGGAGAGAGAUGGUGGAGUGCUUUAACAAGAUAGCACGAGACCCUGAUUGUCGGGCUGUGGUGAUCUCUGGUGCAGGAAAGAUGUUCAGUGCAGGUAUUGACCUUAUGGACAUGGCUUCGGAAAUCCUUCAGCCCCACGGAGAUGAUGUGGCCCGCAUCAGCUGGUACCUCCGUAACCUCAUCAGCAGAUACCAAGAGACUUUCAACGUCAUCGAGAAGUGCCCGAAGCCGGUGAUUGCCGCCGUCCACGGGGCGUGCAUUGGUGCAGGCGUGGACCUCAUCACGGCUUGUGACGUCCGGUACUGUGCCCAGGAUGCUUGCUUCCAGGUGAAGGAGGUGGACAUCGGUUUGGCGGCCGAUGUAGGUACGCUGCAGCGACUCCCCAAAGUCAUCGGAAACCAGAGCCUGGUCAACGAGCUGGCCUUCACUUCCCGCAAGAUGAUGGCUGAUGAGGCCCUGAGCAGUGGGCUGGUCAGCCGGGUGUUCCCCGACAAGGUGGGCAUGCUUGAUGCGGCCUUCACCCUGGCGGCCGAGAUUUCCACCAAGAGCCCCGUGGCAGUGCAAAGCACCAAGAUCAACCUGGUCUACUCCCGCAACCAUUCGGUGGCUGAGGGCCUCAACUACGCGGCUACCUGGAACAUGAGCAUGCUGCAAACACAGGACAUCGUUAAAUGUGUCCAGGCUGCAGUGGAGAAGCAGGAACUGAAGGAUGUCACCUUCUCCAAACUCUGAGAGCCGCCGAGCCCCGGGCCUGGCCUUGUCCCACCUCACGGCCAUUUCCUCAUCCAGAGAAGGAGAAUUAGUGAAGAUGGUCUCCUGGUGCCUUCUCGCUUGGUCUCCCGGUUUCUAACUUGAUAACGCUGCUUUCCUCAUGCCCAGGGCCUUGUUUUCACCCGAACAAUAAAGCAACUUAAGGAA